CACCGAGAGACGAGGGAAGAAACCGGCACGACUGUCUAAAAAGCGGAUAUUCUCAUAACCUACAGUGUAAUAUUACCAGCAUUAUUGUCGGAAGUCAUUCUGUUUAGCCUGUCCGGUUUGAAAUGUUACAGUUUAGGUUCUCGAGGGCGUUAAAGGAGUUUUGCAAACCCAAUCUAAGGCGCCUUUGGAAAACUAGUAACGUUACAGAUAAUACAGCAGCCGCCGGAGGAUGCGCUUCUUCAUAUAGACGAUCCCUGUGUACGCAGACAGAUGCGGCCAACGAGAAGAGAAGGAAGGCAGGCAUUUUGCCCAGCCUGGAAGAUCUGCUGUUUUACACCAUUGCAGAAGGUCAGGAGAAAAUUCCAGCUCACAAAUUUACCACGGCGCUGAAAGCCACAGGACUGCGUACUGGAGACCCUCGUCUUAAGGAGUGUAUGGAGAUGUUAAAGGUCACCUUGAAGACCACAUCAGAUGGCGCUCUGGAUCGACAUCUCUUCAAAAAGUGUGUGCAAAGCAAUAUCGUGUUGCUAACGCAGGCUUUCCGGAAAAAGUUCGUCAUUCCCGACUUUCAGUCAUUUACCUCUCACGUCGAUCAAAUUUAUGAGAGUGCUAAAUCACUGUCGUGUGGCCAGGUGGCAGAUUACAUUCCUCAGCUAGCGAAAUUUAGCCCUAAUCUCUGGGCCGUUGCCCUGUGCACUGUAGAUGGCCAACGAUACACUGCGGGUGACACGAAAGUUCCAUUUUGUCUGCAGUCGUGUGUGAAGCCAUUAAAGUACGCAGUUGCUGUUCACGAUCAUGGCACUGAAUACGUGCACCGCUUUAUAGGGAAGGAACCCAGCGGUCUUCGUUUUAACAAACUCUUUCUUGACGAAGAUGAUAAACCUCACAAUCCCAUGGUAAACGCUGGUGCCAUAGUUUGCACCUCCCUCCUCAAGCAAGGUGUAGGCAACGCUGAGAAGUUUGACUAUGUGAUGAACUUUAUGAAGAAGCUGGCAGGAAAUGAAUAUGUUGGUUUCAGCAAUGCUACGUUUCAGUCAGAGCGGCUGUCAGGUGACAGAAACUUUGCCAUUGGUUACUACUUGAAGGAAAAGAAGUGCUUCCCAGCGGGUACAGAUAUGAUCUCCAUCCUGGACCUUUACUUCCAGCUGUGCUCCAUUGAGGUAACCUGCGAAAGUGCCAGUGUGAUGGCUGCCACCCUGGCGAACGGCGGCUUCUGUCCAAUCACGGGCGAGCGUGUGCUGAACCCCGAGGCUGUACAAAACACUCUGAGUCUCAUGCACUCCUGCGGCAUGUACGACUUUUCUGGGCAGUUCGCUUUUCAUGUGGGUCUUCCGGCUAAAUCAGGUGUUUCCGGAGGCAUCCUGCUGGUGGUGCCCAAUGUGAUGGGCAUUAUGUGUUGGUCUCCUCCUCUUGACAAACUGGGCAACAGCGUGCGAGGAAUCCAGUUUUGCACGGAUCUGGUCCAGCUCUGUAAUUUCCACAACUAUGAUAAUUUACGCCACUUUGCCAAGAAACUGGAUCCACGCCGAGAGGGCGGAGACCAGCGGGUCAAGUCGGUUAUCAACCUGCUGUUUGCGGCCUACACUGGAGACGUGUCUGCUCUGAGAAGGUUUGCGCUCUCGUCGAUGGAUAUGGAGCAGAGAGAUUAUGACUCUCGGACGGCCCUUCAUGUAGCUGCUGCUGAAGGUCACACUGAGGUUGUACGUUUUCUUCUAGAAGCUUGUAAGGUGAACCCGGUGCCCAAAGACAGGUGGGGUAACACUCCCAUGGACGAGGCCAUUCAUUUCGGCCAUCACGAUGUCGUAACAAUCCUGCAGGACUAUCACAACACCUACAGCCCCAAGGAGACCACUGCCGACAGCGACAAGGAGACGGCCGAGAAGAACCUGGACGGGAUGCUGUAGAGAUGAUCUGUCACGUUAAAACACUCCAGAUUUUUCCCAGUGAGUCUGUGUGUCUGAGGUAUGCAUUUGAGAAGAAAACAUACAAGACACAAAAAAGUCUUUGGGCCCCUUCACCAUUUUGUGGUGUUUGUGUGUGUGUGUGUGUGUGUGUG